AAUUACUCUACCAAAUUAAGAAAUAAUUAAUAAAUUUUCCUCCUCUAUCAUGUGUGUGAUUCAUUUUGCUAAAUCACAAAAAUUAAGCCAUCUCCAAAUCAUCUCAUCUCUCAAAUAAUCCCACUCCGUCAUCACUAUCCUCUCCACCCUCUCUUAAAGCUAAACUAAACCACCUUUCUCAAUGCUAAGUGCUCAAAGACCCACCACCAGCACCGCCACUACCACCGUAGAAACCGAUCAACACCACCAUGACCAAGACCAAGAUCAUGAAACUGAACAUAUCCGUGAUAUCCACGCUCUAACCCCACCGCAACCGCCUCCUGUAUCUCGUAGCCACUGGGAAACUGGCAACCACCACCAGUCAUACUCCAUGUCCAUGAGCAGUGAAGGAGCUUCAAGUGAGAACUUUACUACCAUGAGCAGAGAAUUCAAUGCUUUGGUUCUUGCUGGUUCUGCUAUAGGAACCAGUAUGAACAACAACAACAACAGUAGCUCUGAUCAUAAUAACGAUGAUAUUCAUGGAAACAACUUGUUGGCUAUGAUUGGAGAAGAUGAUGUGCCUGAAGAGACUAACCCUUUAGCUAUUGUGCCUGAUAAUACCCCUUUGGCCUUAGACCCCACCUCAAGCUCAAGAAGAGUUGGGAACAAUCAGGUGGGGGGCGGCGGCGGCGGCGGGGGUAGUGGUGGUGGUGGGAUGGAGGUGUCAGUGCAGAGAGUGAAGAAAGAGGAGGUUGAAACAAAGAUAUCUGCAUGGCAAAACGCCAAGGUUGCUAAGAUCAAUAACAGAUUCAAGAGAGAAGAUGCUAUAAUUAAUGGAUGGGAGAAUGAACAAGUGCAGAAGUCUAGUGCUUGGAUGAAGAAAAUUGAGAGGAAGCUGGAGGAGAAAAGGGCAAGAGCCCUUGAGAAGAUGCAGAAUGAGAUAGCAAAAGCACAUAGAAAAGCUGAAGAAAGAAGGGCAUCAGCUGAAGCUAAAAGAGGAACAAAAGUUGCUAGAGUUCUUGAAAUAGCCAAUUUGAUGAGAGCUGUUGGGAGAGCUCCUGCAAAACGGUCCUUCUUUUGAUGAGUCUUAGUUUACUCUAUAAUACAUAUUCUUAACUAAAAAAAUUACAAAAUUAGAAAGAAAAAGAGUGGUGCACAAAAUAAUUGCCCCCAAAAAUUAGGGUGUCUGUAUCUUUUGAACUUUAGGGUACCCUACACGAAAUGGGGCAAUGAAGAGUUUGAACUUUCAAGUGUGUUUAUGGUAAGUGCUUGUUGGUUGAAAGUGGUGGAACAAACAUUUUGCCUUGUACAGUUAUACUGUUUCUUAUUCAUAGAAACCAAGUUACUAAAUGCCAAUUAAUACUUGUUUUAAAGAUAAUUAAUCAAGAUUUUCAGUUUUUGGUUCA